UUAAAUUAUAUGUCCUUAAAUCAGCUUGGAGAACUUGGGAGGCUUUCUGCAUCAAUGAAGAAGCUGGAGAAGAAGAUAACGAAUGGUGAUAAGUACCAAAAUGAGCAAUACCGUACCAAACUCCAAAAGUCAAAUGAGAGUUCUCUAGCACUGAUUAAAGCAGGCAUGGAUAUAGUUGUGGCAGUAGGGCUCCUUCAACUGGCACCCAAGAAAGUUAAUCCUCGUGUCACAGGGGCCUUUGGAUUUGCUUCUUCCCUCAUCUCUUGUUACCAGUUGCUUCCUUCUCGACCAAAGUCCAAGACGCCAUGAACCCGUUUAUGUUUUACUCAAUAUGCUUCAUUGUCAGGUUAAACAAUCCACUUGAACUUUAUGUGUUAGGGUGCAAACUGGUGUAAAGUUGGGAAAAUAAUCCAACUUCUUGGGUUAUGAUGAAAUUUCCUUAAAAGAGUAAUGAUACAUCAUACUAUUAUUUGUUACAUCAUACUGUCAUUUGUUAGUUUAUAAAUUUGAGACAGUUUU